GUCGGAGUGUGUUAGGGGGAAACAGUUAGGAUUCGAAUUCGGUAACUGGAAUUAUGGGACAAAUUCUUCUACACAGAUAAUAUGGAAGUAAUGAACAAAAAAUGUUCUUUUUUUUUUUAAACUAGUGUGUUAAAAGUUAAAAGUUAAAAGUUAAAAGUUAAAACCUAAAUUGCUUCUGAAACAGAAGUUCUGUUCUUUGUAAUAAUACUUUGAUAUUUAUUUCUAUACAAAAGUGGAUUUUCAAUGCCUUAGUGUGCAAGUGAGUUUAUAGAUUCAAGUUAUUUAAGUGAGUGCGUUAAGCAACUUUCAAUAUGCCUAAAACUUUGAUGAUCAAAAGAGACAGAGGAGCGACGGACUCAAGACAAAUGGCGCCUGGUGAUGCCCAGAGGUGCACGGCGGCUGCCAAUGUGGUCAAACUGUACAGUUCAGACGGGAUUGGAUCCCUAGAGGCCAUCAGGAGGACAGACGAUGUAGCCAAUGCUGUUUCAUGCAUCAAAUCUGUUCGUUUCGUUCUUGGUGAGACUAACGCGCCCCUAGCGCUCGACCACACCACCCUCAAGACAAAUGAUACAACGGACUUGGAUAACUCUCCGAAAUCAGUUCUACGGCACAGAGACAAUAUUCCAAAACCAAUACGUUCAGACAGUCUAUCACAAAUGAACUCGGAUUUUGUCAAGAAUUUGAACGGGUCAGUUUUAGAAUCCGGACGCCAGGACUUCUUUUCAUUAGUGGAUGUAGACAAGAAAGACGUAAUUAGCGCAAGUAUUAAAGGGCGUAAAAUGAUCUCACCAGGUGGCCACUGUACUUUUUUUUCCUCGAACGACCCACUGACCCGAUCUGCGGGGCAAUUAGAGCGAGGCGCCCCAUGUUUACGACAGGAACAGGAUGCGCCCCUGGAGCUGGUCAAAGACAAACCAUCGUGUACAUCUACCGUGACGCAAGUAAUUACUUUCUCAGCUGGAACGGUCAAGAUAAACAACUCCGACAUGUACAGUCGUAAUGCUUACAAACAAGUUCCACCUUUGGCAACCAGUCCGAGAAAUCGGAAUGUACUCACGGUCCAGAACACCAAAAGUGAGCCUGUUCAUAUAGGUCACUCAACGACACAUAAACUUGACCCGUGGUUCGUGGACGAUUCUUCAGAUAAUAAGGAAAAUAUUCCAGCUCAGUUUAGAUGUGCGUCUCAGCGGCGUAUGACACCGAAAAAGAAAUUGGGCAGUGGAGUUUUGAUAAGACAAACAAACGUCAAAACUGAAUUUCAUGGUGGACUCCAGGAAGAGUAUCCCAGGAUUAAAAAAGUGUUAUUCUCUCCGUAUUCAAGCCCUGCAUGCGAUUUGGGGCCCAAUGCUGAGCUUGGACUCAAACCUUCCUCUUUUGGUAGGAGCUACAAGGCUCCAGUUGAAAACCAACCUCGUAAGUGUACAAUAAAGGACCUUGAAGAGCCAAAGAUUUCAUCUCUGACAAUGUCUACAUCACACUUCACAGCUCCAGACAGCCACCUGCCUUUUGAUGCCCUACGUCCAGACGUUCAUGUUAUGCCCGAUGGAGGAGAUCAUUUCCAACACUCUAGUCACCUCGGGAUGGACAACAAAUUACCAGAACGGUGGUCAUCGACGGAAAGCAAAGCGGCCAUCAAACCAGAGCGUGACAACUCGGACUAUUACAGCUAUGACGCUGAUCACAACCGCGCGUCCCUAUCGCCUCCAAACAAGUCCGAGGUCGGGAGCAGUACGGACGAUGAGAGUCACUACCACCCCCACCUGGACAUCCCACCGCCCACGGUGCAGGUGGAUGUCGUGGGGCUGGGCUCCGAUGAGGAGGAAGCGUACGUAGAUGGAAACACCGGCAACAGGCAUGUGGAAUACCGCGGUGCUGAAGACAGCGGGGUGGUCUUGGAUCUGUCGAGGUCGUUAGAUGUUGCCGCCAGUUCGCCUUGUCGUGAGCAGUGCUGGACAAAACCACAAUUCACAUCCACUCCUUUGUGGAGACCUUGGUCUCAAUUUAGAAAAGCCGAGAACGAAGAUACUGGUGUCCAGGAAAGCCCACUUAUUCAAAGCCUAUCUAGUGAAGAUCAAGGUCUACAUUUCAAUUCUCAACAAACACUUUCAAAGAAUAUAGAAGCACCAUUAGAUCUGAGAGUCAACCAGCCCAUUCCAACACAAAUUGCUGCAAACAACUACUCCUAUGUACUCUCCCCCAUGCCCUACGCUCUUCAACACCCUGCCCUGGCACUCAAUUAUCCACAGAUUCAACUCGCAUCCACAUUACCAGCAACAGAAAACUCCCAAUCCAGCCUCCCCUCCCACUAUCAAUGUCAGGUGCCUCAGGUGACGACCACCUGCUCCACCAAAGGAAAAGGAAAGAGACCCUCUUCCACAACGUGCAUGCAAGUCUCUGCCAAACAGGCUCGCUGCAAUUCCUCCCCGAAAAGCCCGACCAGAGCACCCUUGACGGAAUUUCCACAAAAACUUAUCAGGCAAACACGAAAUAUACACGGGGUAAUGCUAGCCAUGCCUCCGGAGAACGCACUCCCUUCAAGAGCCGCUCUGAAAGGCAAACGCAAGUGCACCAAAGAAGAUGAUCAGGGCACGAGCUCAAAAUGCUCCGAGAACAGCAGGAAACGUGACAGGCCGCAGCCCUACGGCGACCACGAGCUACACGAGUUUGUUGUGCAAUUCUAUGACUCGCCCCUGAGGUCUAAAUACUGUGAUGAGAACAAUAAAUAUCAGGUGCCCAGAGUUCCGGACAACAGAGAAGAUCAAGCCAUACUGAGAUCAGAAUUACUGGAACUCUUUCAGCACAGUAACCUCCCAGGCGUCCCCAGCGCCCUGCAGUAUAAUGUCCAUGCUCUGUGUUUCUAUCCCAAGAUGCAACAUUUGUUUAGCCUUCAUCAAGAUGGCGUUGAUUUAGAGGUACUACACUUCGGUGCUUACGGCCAGGCGUUUGGCAAUCUCAAUCUUGCAGCCAUGUCGGAUGACGAGUUGAACACAAUCCUAGACAGCAUGAGUUAUGUUGGGGAUGACGGACUUAUGCACUGCUUAGUGAUUCGAACCGUGGACAACGGAGUGGUGUGUGACCACGUUGCCACAGAGUUGGGCAAAAUGAGGCGGCACUCCAAGAACCACUACCCAGAAAAGAAGUGGGUCUGCUGCUUCUGUAGGGCUCAGAUGCCAGACAUGACAGACAUGGAGAGACACACCUCCACACACACAGGUUUGAAACCCUUUAGAUGUAUUGAAUGCAACAAAUUCUUUGCUCAGAAGAUCACACUGGGUCACCAUCUGAAGAGCGUUCACAACCUGGUCAUGACAAAAAUGGAUCCAAAAAAGACAUUUACUUGCCGUCAAGAUGGCUGCCUGUUUCAAGAACACGAGAGAGAGGCGUGCCUACUGCACUUAGAGCAGCACCACUCUCAAGAAGAUUUUAGGAACAGAAAAAAGAGGAAGCAGUGGCCCUACGACCUGUAGUCCUCUUUUUUCUGUUCUUAAAAGGUCCAAGACUUUGUGAAUGUUACUUGACUGGCUGCAGGUAUCCAAAGGCUCAAGAGAUAGUAUCUUAUAAAAUUGGGUUUUGUUUUGUGGCAACAUGAUUGUACUUUUUUUUUUUAUUAUGUAUUCAUGUUUUCAAAAAAUGUUGUUAUAAAAGCUAAAGCAGACAAAAAAAAAGGAUACAAAGGCCUUCUGGUAAAAUUGUAUAAUGCGAU